AUGGUCUCCAAGCUUCUCACCAUCUCCGCCCUCGUGGCUACCAUCCUUGCCCUUCCCGACGUCACCCCCAAGCAACUUCCGUCGGGCUGUGCUUCAUAUCCCAACUACGAUGCCGACACCGGAGAGACAGGUAGUUUCGUUGUGAAAGUGGUCGACAGCGAGAACCCAGCAAUUGAAGGAUUCUCCGACACAUCCGAUUAUUCUAUCGGCAUUGGUGCCCAAGGAAGGCCCUACAUGCGCUGGGGAUACCUCACCAUUCCCGUCCGCAAUGACAUCGCCAAGACCAGCCUUAAAUGCUCCGACGCCGUCCUCCACGCAUAUGUCAACACUGAGCUGACCGCCGCUGGUGCACCCACGAACACCCAAUGGGCCCCUCUUGUGCUCUCGCCGUAUGCAAACGAUGGCGUACUCCUCUACAAGGUCGAAGGCGAAGAAGUGGGGGUUUAUGAGCAUUAUGUGGGCGAGGAGAAGCAGCCUGGUCUAUUCCUGGGAGGAUAUGAUAACAGCACGACGUGGGGUUUCACGUACAUCGCGCCGGAUGCGACAUCUACUGAUGGUAAUUACCAGAUGAGGUUGAUCAGGGGGACUGAGGAGGUUGGUACGAACGAGACAAGGGGUUUUGUCAAGAUCCUGGGUUCCUAG